CAGGCCCGGCCGAGUCUCCGCCGCCCGCGCCCUGCGCCCGCAGCCCGAGCCGCACCCGCCGCGGACGGAGCCCAUGCGCGGGGCGAACCGCGCGCCCCCGCCCCCGCCCCGCCCCGGCCUCGGCCCCGGCCCCGGGGGCAGUCGCGCCUGUGAACGGUGGGGCAGGAGACGCUGUAGGAAGACCCGGGGCCGCAGGCCUCUGAGGAGCGAUGACGGAAUAUAAGCUCGUGGUGGUAGGCGCCGGCGGUGUGGGCAAGAGUGCGCUGACCAUCCAGCUAAUCCAGAACCACUUUGUGGACGAAUACGACCCCACUAUAGAGGACUCCUACCGGAAGCAGGUGGUCAUUGAUGGGGAGACAUGCCUGUUGGACAUCCUGGACACGGCCGGCCAGGAGGAGUACAGCGCCAUGCGGGACCAGUACAUGCGCACCGGGGAGGGCUUCCUGUGUGUGUUUGCCAUCAACAACACCAAGUCUUUCGAGGACAUCCACCAGUACAGGGAGCAGAUCAAACGGGUGAAGGACUCGGACGACGUGCCCAUGGUGCUGGUGGGAAACAAGUGUGAUCUGGCUGCACGCACUGUGGAGUCUCGGCAGGCUCAGGACCUCGCCCGAAGCUACGGCAUCCCCUACAUCGAGACCUCGGCCAAGACCCGGCAGGGCAGCCGCUCUGGCUCUGGCUCCAGCUCCGGGACCCUCUGGGACCCCCCCGGGACCCAUGUGACCCAGCGGCCCCUCGCGCUGGAGUGGAGGAUGCCUUCUACACGUUGGUGCGUGAGAUCCGGCAGCACAAGCUGCGGAAGCUGAACCCUCCUGAUGAGAGUGGCCCUGGCUGCAUGAGCUGCAAGUGUGUGCUCUCCUGACGCAGCACAAGCUCAGGACGUGGAGGUGCCGGAUGCAAGGAGGAGGUGCAGACGGAAGGAGGAGGAAGGAAAGACGGAAACAAGGAAGGAAGGGCUGCUGGAGCCCAGUCACCUCGGGACCGUGGGCCGAGGUGACCGCAGACCCUCCCAGGGAGGCUGUGCACAGACUGUCUUGAACAUCCCAAAUGCCACCGGAACCCCAGCCCUUAGCUCCCCUCCCAGGCCUCUGUGGGCCCUUGUCGGGCGCAGAUGGGAUCACAGUAAAUUAUUGGAUGGUCUUGA